AUGGUGCGACCUCAGAAUCCUGUGGCUCUUUCCCAUUCCUCAGGUCUGACUACAAGCAGUGAAAGAUUCUGCGAGUCCUGUUUGUGCUCCUGCUGCAUCCUCCGGGAUCCGCACAGCGUGUUGCCCGCUUCCUCACCCCMCAGAGCACUCAUCACACAGAACCGGGACCCAGGGCUGUCUCACCCACUCCCUUCAGAUUCCUUCAGGUAUCUCAACUGGUGUGACCUAGAGGGUCAUGAUGUUCGAGGAAAUCAGCUCCUUUGUCCCCGAGUAAGAAAAGGACCGUCAGAAGAAGAGCUAUUCUUCAGGGGAGAAGAACAUACUUUGAAAAAAAGAAAACAAGUAACUGAAACAGAAAAAUGGCAAAAGAAACUGCAAGAGAACUGGGAAAACUGUGCUGAACUGAACCUCUCCUAUCAGGACCUGGGGGACAUUUACCAAGUGGAAAACCUCAAUAGGAUUCUCCGAAGAUUAAUUCGUGUGGAAAAGCUUUGGUUGGUAGACAAUUCUUUGACAGAUCUCAGUGCCAUAAGGCUGCCAAGAUGCAAAGAACUGAAUGUCAAUAAAAAUCACUUUACAUCCUUCAAACAGUUGCCAAAGAUACCUCAGAUCCAACACUUGUCACUGUCUGAAAAUAACAUUAUGUCGCUAAGUGGAAUAUCAGCCUUGAGACAUACUCCUCUUGAAUCCCUUACACUCAAGAGGAAUCCCUGUGAGUUUCAAGAAAACUACAGGCAACUUGUGUUCUCCAGUUUGCCAAACCUGAAAACACUGGAUGGUGUCCCACAACUGCCAGAGGACUGUUCACCUCCCCAAAUGAAUUUCCUUUCCAAACUAUGUAUUAUACUGUAGCACUGUAUUUUUGGAUCAUCGCAGAUAUGCUGCAAUCACCUUAUCUAAAAGCAUCAGUACACUCUGUGUACACAGAUUACCUUUUUUUGUGAUCAAAAAAGUAUGGAAUCAGAAAUAUUCUAAUUCUUUUGCAUAUGCUUGCUGAUACUACAGAAUUCGA